AUGGCUACACCUCCACCCCAAGGUCAACCAGAAAUCCUACUCAUCUCUCUAGAGAAACCCCACACAUUUGACCACAAGUACAAGAAUCUCAUCAACUAUUUCGGAAAAGUCUCAAAUCUCAGACAAGCAUGGCGAGCCGAGGAAGUGUAUUGGAUCCUUUCCGAUAUUCCUCUGAAGGCGGUCCUUCUGACCGAUCGAGCACUCACGGGCAAAAAGCACGGAAAGGUCCGCGAUGCAGUACUGGAAUACGUUCGUGGCGGAGGCACUGCAAUCUGCACCGGCGACGUUGUGAAGGAUUCCAGUCCCGAGGAACUCACUGCGUUCUUCAAGCAUGCAGGGCUCUCCUGGACGACCGGACCUGACCAUCACACAACUGUUUCCCUGAACAAGGCUCACGUCCCCCAAGACGGAUGCCGGUUUCUGUCAGAGUCGUACACCCCACCGACUGUUUUCUUGGAUAACGUCAUGGAUUCCGAAGCUUGGUACCGGCCAAAUAAGUGCGCGCCUAUCGAGGGAAAUGAAGACUUGUUAGAUAAUACUGUGCAGGGUCUGAAAUUGACACCGGUUGCGCUGGCCAGGAUUGGAGAGGGCAGGCUGGGGUAUGUGGGUUAUUGCAAUUCGGACGAAAGGUCUCUUGCGGUGAUUCUUGUUAUGUGUGGGCUGCAUGUGCAACUGAAAUAUGAUUUAUGA